GACGCCACAUCAUCAACGUGACUGCAGCGUUUUCACCUUUCUACUCCCAAAAAACGACAAUUAAUAUCUUUGUUGGAAUCCACACCCUUUAAUUGGUCCUGAAUAAAGCUGUCAAACGUUUUAUUGUUCAAUUAAUUAUGCAAUUUGCCACAUAAAACAGCCAACUAGUAGAUCACGUGACUGCACAGCUCGUAAAACCCACUUCCUUCCUUUUCACCUACCUCUCUUUUGGGUAUACGCCGUCAUGAGUGCAGCAGCCCCACCACAACAACCCGCUACAAUUCAGCGUGGAAUUGUUAAACAGGUCCUCUCUGGAGAUGCCUUAGUAAUCAGAGGACAACCAAAAGGUGGACCACCACCAGAGAGAACAAUUUGUUUUUCAAAUAUUCAAGCCCCUAAAUUGGCAAGGAGAGCUAAUCCUAAUGUUGAAGGUUCAGAAACGAAAGAUGAGCCAUGGGCCUGGGAGGCAAGAGAAUUCCUAAGGAAGAAAGUAAUUGGAAAAGAAGUAGCAUUUACUGUGGAAUAUAAAGCACCAGGAACUGGUCGAGAAUAUGGAUGUGUGUAUUUGGGAAAAGACACAUCUGGUGAAAAUCUUACAGAAGCCAUGAUCAUGGAAGGAUUUGUUGAAGUUAGAAAAAUGGGAUUGAAAUCGGAUGACCCAGCGCAGCAAAGACUUAUUCAAUUAGAGGAGGCAGCAACCCAGUCUAAGAAAGGAAAAUUUGGAGAUAGCAAAGAUUCAGAACAUGUACGAGAUAUCAAAUGGGUGAUAGAAAACCCCAGACACUUUGUGGACUCACAUCACAAUAAGCCUAUUGAUGCUGUGAUUGAACAUGUAAGAGAUGGAUGUACUGUUAGAGCAUUUUUACUUCCAACAUUUGAAUAUGUCACAGUGAUGUUAUCUGGCAUCAAGUGUCCUAUGUUUAGACAAGAUUCUGAAGGAAAACAAAUAAUAGAACCAUUUGCUGAAGAGGCUAGAUUUUACACAGAAUCCCGUUUGUUACAGAGAGAUAUUCAGAUUAUAUUAGAGGGUGUUUCUAAUCAAAAUUUACUUGGUACUGUUGUUCAUCCAAAUGGUAAUAUAGCUGAAGUAUUAUUGAGAGAGGGUUUUGCGAGAUGUGUUGAUUGGAGUAUGGGUGUUGUUACAUGUGGAGCAGAAAAACUAAGAACAGCAGAAAAGGUUGCUAAAGAAAAGAAAGCUCGAAUUUGGAAAGAUUAUACCCCAUCUACCAGUAGUCUGAAUUUAAAAGAAAAGUCUUUCUCUGGAAAGGUAGUAGAAGUAGUUGGAGGUGAUAGCAUGUUAAUAAAAUUAGACAGUGGUUAUAAGAAAAUCUUCUUAUCCAGCAUUAAACCACCACGAGCACAAAACCAAGACAAUGAAAAUAAAGAUCCAAAGCAAAGAUCUCGACCAUUAUAUGACGUACCAUAUCUUUUUGAAGCGAGGGAAUUCUUAAGAAAAAAACUUACAGGCAAAAAGGUAAAUGUUGAAGUAGAUUAUGUACAGCCAGCUAAUCAAGGCUUUCCUGAAAAGACAUGUUGUACCGUUACCAUUGGUGGAAUUAAUGUAGGUGAAGCUAUAAUCAGUAAAGGAUUAGCUACAGUUAUCAGAUAUAGACAAGAUGAUGACCAGCGAUCAGCACACUAUGAUUUAUUACUAGCAGCUGAAGCUCGAGCUCAAAAAAAGAUGGUUGGAUUACACGCUAAGAAAGAUGCACCAAUUCAUAGAGUAGCAGAUUUAUCAGGAGAUGUAAUGAAAUCAAAGCAGUUUCUUCCUUCAUUACAACGGGCUGGUAAAACAGAAGGCUUGGUUGAAUUUAUUGCUAGUGGUUCUAGGUUACGUUUAUAUCUACCUAAAUCUACCUGUCUCAUUACAUUACUUGUAUCAGGCAUUGAUUGUCCAAGAGGAGCUCGACCACAGGGUGGAGUAACAGUACCUGCUGAUCCUUUUGGUGAAGAGGCUCUAGCAUUUACUAAAGAACUAUGUCUUCAACGUGAAGUAAACGUGGAAGUAGAAACGAUAGAUAAGGGAGGUAAUUUUAUAGGUUGGUUAUUUGUUGAUGAUAUUAAUCUGUCAGUCAGUUUAGUUGAAGCUGGUCUUGCUAAAGUACAUUUCUCAGCAGAAAGAAGUAAUUAUUAUAAAGUAUUGCAGGCAGCUGAAGACAAAGCCAAAAAAGAAAAACUUAAUAUCUGGUCAAAUUACGAAGAACCAAAGGAAGAAGAAAUUAAAGAAGAACCAACAGAUAGAAAAAUUAGUUACAAAACAGUUAUAGUAACAGAAGUUACUGAGGCUCUCACUUUCUAUGUACAGAAUGUUGAUAAUGGACCACAGUUAGAAAAAAUGAUGGAACAACUACGUCAAGAUAUGGAAGCUAACCCUCCUCUUCCCGGGGCCUAUAAACCUAAGACUGGUGAUUUGUGCGCAGCUAAAUUCUCAGCUGACGGACAAUGGUACAGAGCAAAAGUUUUAAGAGUAGAUGGAGUUACAGUAACUGUUAAAUUUAUAGAUUAUGGAAAUAAAGAAGUUACAUCAACAUCUGAAGUGGCGACUUUACCAUCUAGUUAUCAGACAUUACCAGCUCAAGCAGUAGAAUAUUCACUGGCUUGUAUAGCUUUACCAUCUGAUCCUGAUGCCAAAAGAGAUGCAGAAGAUGCUUUGUUUAACGAAAUAGUCAAUAAACAGUUCUCGUUAAACGUGGAGUAUAAAUUACCAGGUAUGCCAGAACAUGCAUCAUUACAGUAUCCUGAUACUAAAGAUGAUGUGGCACAAUCAUUGAUAUCACAAGGUUAUCUUCUUGCUGAAAGGAGAAGAGAAAGGCGGCUAGCUAAGAUGGUGGGAGAUUACACCAAGGCUCAAGAAAAGGCCAAAUCUGAGCGACGUAAUUUAUGGCGUUAUGGUGAUUUCACUGAAGAUGAUGCCAAAGAAUUUGGUUACAAGCGAUAAAGCUGCAGUCUAUUACAGCAUGACUUUACUACUGCCCUGCUGAAUUAACACAAGUGGAAGUUAGGAUAUUUAAUCAAUUUUUAAAGAAAUAAAGACUCUGGACUAUUUUGUAUGAAUCUUUUUACAGUACACUCAGGAAACCUCAUUAAACAUGCACAUUUGUUUUCUUCUCUUUAAAAUAUAACCUUGUCUUGAGUAAUUGCUGUAAGUUGAUCUUAAUGUAUUGAAUACUAUUUUAAUUCAUCAGCUAUUUUAUGUAUAUUUGGCUGAAAAUUAUAAUUCUACUUAAACAAGUCAUUUGUUACAGUUAGCAUUUAAUGCACUUUCUGUAGCAUAUCGUAAUCAACGACGGUUUAUAUUUAUCAACUUCAAUAGCUGUGUCUUAUAAUAUUAUAACUUGUUGAAUUUAAAGAUAUACUAGACCUAUUAUUUUAAAGUAGUGUAUGUCUAUUCAAUUAAGAUAGUUAUCUAGAGUCACUCUUAUUGCAAUAUUUAAAAAAAGAGGUUAUAUAGGUUUUAAAUUAUGAAAUAAUUUAUUAUACAUUAAAAAGUUUCAAUCUUGUAAACACCCCUUUCAUUGUUUUACAUGCUCAACAUCAUUUCUUAUCACUAAAUGAUGCAGUUUAAUUAAGUUUUUCUGACUGUACUUGUUGGUGUGGGUUUAUAAGUGAUAUUGCCUUGUCAGAUCAGUCAAAACUCUUUUUUGUUUUUGAUGAGUUAAUUGUAUAUAGUAGUUAAUUUUUAUGGAAUGAAAUGCUUGCGUUAAGAUUUAUUUAAUAGAGGAAAAAAUCAUUUUUGUAAUGAUAUAUUUAAUAUAUUCUUACUUUAAGUUAAUAAUUAUUACACAUCAGUUAAAACAGAUAAGAUAUUUCUUUUAUUUAUUGUAUUUAUAGAAAUGUACAAUUGUACAUCAUUUAUUUAAGUCAUCUACAAGUGUUCAUUCCUAUAACUCACAUUCAGUAUUGAGAAAAUAAAGAGCAUUCCACGGGUGAGAAAUGGGAACUUAAGAUCAGCCUGUUUGCUGGAUAAAACUAUAAGAUGAACCAAUGCAUCCAGACACUUCUAGUGGAUGCUGGAUAAAACUAUAAGAUGAACCAAUGCAUCCAGACACUUCUAGUGGAUAUUGAAGGGACAUUUUGUUGAAAAAUAACACAUUAUUUCAUUUUAACAGUGUGAUUAUGUAUUUGUUAGUUCAAGUCAAGAAUCACAUUAAAUUAGUUCUUUUACAAUGAAUAUUGAUGGUUAUUUCAUAAAGUUCAAUCAAACAGUUCAUUCAAUAAAAUGUCCCUUUAAUUUUAUUACAUAUUCUGGUAUUAACUUUAAUUUCUAUUGAUGUGAUUUAAAAUGUAUUAAUUUACAAUAUCUUAUUUCUAUGAAGAGCUAGGUAACAAUAAAUUAUGUACAUAUAGAUUAUAUUGUUUAUUAUGGUAGCUAUGAAUGAAACUUCCUAAAUGAUUCUUUACUGUUUAAAUGCCAAUGUUAUAUUUUUCUUUGAUAUGCAUUUUAUGAAGAUAUAUCUAAAUGGUAAUUGUUAAAAUAGCCAAAUGAUAUUUUUUUUGAUGAUUCAAAAGGUUUAUUUUCUGAUCUGACAGAGCAAUUUGAAGAAAAUCAAAUAAAUUAUCUUUCAAUCCUGA